ACGGUUUGGAUUUUUCUGUUUGCAGAGGAACCUGUUGGAGGAAGACUCGGAUGAAGAGGAAGAUUUUUUCUUGAGAGGGCCUUCUGGACCCAGGUUUGGACCCAGGAAUGACAAGAUCAGGCAUGUCCAGAACCAGGUGGAUGAAGUCAUUGAUGUUAUGCAGGAGAACAUCACGAAGGUGAUAGAGAGAGGCGAGCGGCUGGAUGACCUGCAGGAUAAAUCAGACAGUUUAUCAGACAAUGCAGCAGCUUUCAGCAAAAGAGCCAAGCACCUUCGGCGCCAGAUGUGGUGGCGAGACUGUAAGAUGAAGGCAAUCAUAGCCAUGGUGGUGGUCAUUGUGCUGCUUGUGAUUAUUGUGCCCAUAGUCCUGAAGUACCACACCUGACGGGGCAGCUGGAGGCUUCGCUGGAGCAGCCUCUGGGAUAACCAAACUGCUGUGUAAUUUAAGUGAGAUAUCUGUAUAUAGCUUUGAAGUUGUUUUUCUCCCAGGAACAAGGAGGUGGUGGCAAGCAGCCAGUUCUAAUGGAGUGUUUUAAGAACUGCCAAAUGACCCUUUUCCCGUCCAGUACCUGUUCCUGCUGUCAGACUUUUUUUCUUUUUUUUUUUUCUAACGGAAGAUUCAGAUCCCAAACUGCCUGAUUUGUGGAAUUCUGGGUCUCUGGUUUGGAGCUGGUUACUUGCCACUAUAUUGUCUAUCUGUAUAUAUGGUUGAGUUGUAAUAUUAAUAUUAAUAAUGUGUGAGCAGCUCCCUACUGCCUGCUGUGGAAGGCAGAGGGGACUCUGUCCUGUAACCAGAGAAAAGUGUCCAAAGAGAAACAUGCCAAUAUGUUACAGGGAACUGACUCUUCUGUGGAGAACUGCAAGGGUUUUGUUUCUCUCUUGUUCAAAAAAAAA